AUGUUCUACUCGAGUACUACUCAACUUCGACAACAUAGUAUAAUACGAGCUUACCUGGACGGUACUAAUCCCACAAUUCUUGUGAGUUUCUUCUCAUUCCAUCCACUUACUAUGGCUCUCGAUGUCUCUGCACGGAAAGUCUACUGGUUAGAUCCAUUCGAGUUCACAUUGCAUCGAUCUGGCUACGACGGGGAAGACAGUGAGGAGCGAGGUGUAAAACGAGGCACUCCAAAAGCUAAUGGUAUAUUUGAUGUGAUAUCAAUUGAUUCACUGCCGGUUGCGUCUCAGCUAUUUCUGUACGAGAAUAGAUCAAUAGCGAGCUCGAAGUGUUCCAAUGGCAAUGGCGGAUGUGAACAGUUGUGUUUCCCUGGAAGUUGUUCGAAUUUGAAAAAAUGUAAUGACCUCACUACCAAAUGUGCUUGUGCUAGUGGUUUCAGCGUGAGUUCAGAGGAUCCGACCAAAUGCACAGUGAAGCCUUCCAGUGAAUCUGAAAAAUGCGAUGAAAAAACGCAGUUCAUGUGCAAACAUACUGAGCUUUGCAUUGACAUCAACAAAGUUUGUGAUGGUCGUUGGGAUUGUUAUGACGGCAGCGACGAAGAUAUUCGAGGAAUAUGUGCCGGCAACUUCUCAUGCUCCAACCGGGAACUCAGAUGUGAUUCCAUGACAUGUAUACCAGAGCAUUUGGUCUGCGAUGGACGAGCGGACUGUGAAGAUCGCAGUGAUGAGAAGUGGACAGUAUGCAAAGAUCGUACGCAGAAUUGCGCCAACGGUACUUUUGCCUGCCAACCAACGAAACAGUGCCUACCGAAUAGUUGGCGAUGUGAUGGACGUGUUGACUGUCCGGACCGAUCGGAUGAGAAGAACUGUGAGCCUCGGGAUUGUGACGCCGACCAUUUCCAGUGCUUGACUGGACAAUGCAUACCUCUGCAGUGGGUGUGUAACGGACGAGCGAAUUGUCGCGACGGUUCGGACGAGUUACACUGCCAUGAGGGUUGCCGAGUAGGUCGACAAUUUCGCUGUGAUCCGUCAUCGGCAUGUCUGGAUAUAUCGUUGAAAUGCGAUGGAAUUAUUGACUGUGAGAAUGGAUUUGAUGAGAAAGACUGUGCCAAUAUCAGUUCGACACGAUACUGCAGAAAACUUAAUGAGUACCUCUGCCGUCGUGAACAGCGAUGCAUCCGAAGAAGUGCCGUAUGUGACGGUAUCGAAGAUUGCGUGGACGGUCAAGAUGAGCAGAAAUGUCAUGGAAAAAAGUGUGCACUGGGUUUGUUCAGUUGUCGUAAUGGUGAGGAAUGUAUAGCCGGACAUUUGGAAUGUGACGGUGUGGCCGAUUGUGCCGACGCUAGCGAUGAGCAUGAGCAUUGCUCCUUCAAUGCGAAAAUUGUCGAAGCUCGUUGUCAAGCUCCUGAUAUCACAUGCCGUACUUUUACAGGAAUUGUUUGUCUUCCAGCGGCUAAGAUAUGUGACGGGAACCCAGACUGUUUCGAUGCAAAGGACGAAGAAUUCUGUGGAUAUGAACAGCAACGGUCUUGCAUGGAAUUGGGCUGUCAGGAUGCGUGCUAUGUUCAACCUCGUGACGGUACUUUCACCACUGUAUGUGGUUGUACCGCUAACCGAACUUUGAAAGAUGACGGUCGAACAUGCGAAGGUGCUGUAUUCACGUGUCGGGCUGUUGACUCGCGGCGACCGUUCUUACUGUACAGUGAUCGUCACACACUGAUGUACCUGCCGUCAGAUUCGCCGCGUGCGACCCCCCUUUUGCCACAGCUCGAAAAUGCGGUGUCCUUCGACUACUUGUACCAUGUGAAUGGUACAAUAUCAAUUUUCUGGGCUGAUGUCACGCUGGAUACCAUCUUUCGUGUGGAGGUCGACGGGAAAACUGCCUCACAACCACGUGCCAUCGUUUCCACUGGCUUGUCCACCGUUGAAGGCAUUGCUGUUGAUUGGGUUACCGAAGUAAUCUACUGGACAGACAGUCAUCAUGAUCAUAUUCAGGUAGCAAAAAUCGAUGGUUCUAUGCGAGCAACCGUGGUGAAAGGCGACAUUCAUAAUCCGCGAGACAUAGCUGUUGAUCCAAGCCGUGGCCUAAUGUUCUGGACUGAUUGGCAAGAUGAAAACCCACGAAUCGAACGAGCCACAAUGGCUGGUAAAAAUCGUACCGUGAUUUUCAAGGUGUCCUCGAUUGUAAAUGCCGGCUGGCCGAAUGGUCUCGUGUGUGAUCCGAUUGCCAGACGGAUUUAUUGGGUUGAUGCUAAGUCGGAUACGGUACAUACCGUAACGUACGAUGGCGAAGAUCAUGUGGAAGUGCUUCGUGAUCAUGUAUUCUCAACUCAUCCGUUCUCUGUCGAUCUGUUCGAGAAUCAUGUUUAUUGGACUGAUUGGAGGAUAAACGCCAUCGUCAGGGCGAAUAAAUGGAAUGGUUCAUCAAUAGCCGCUGUAUUUCAUACUCCAAUUCGACCAUUUUAUGUGAAAGUGGUGCAUCGCAGUAAGCAACCCAGAACUCUGCGGAAUCCAUGCGAAAAGAGUUCCUGUUCACAUCUUUGUCUUAUUGAUGGUCAUGGUCAAUUUGCAUGUAAAUGCCCGCAGUUUAUGCAGCUAUUGUAUGGAAGCUCGAGCACUUGUGCAGAAGUGAAAUCGGCUGUCUUGCUAUCAACAAAGAAUUCUGUCGUGGGAGUAAAUGUCGCCUCGACAAACGAUACCGUAUUCAACGCCGCUGGUUUCCAAGAGAUCACAGCCAUCGCAGCCACCAAAGCCAGUAUAUUCAUUUAUGAUGGAUUUGACAAUAUCCUGUGGCAGUACGGGACGGGAAACGAAGACAAGCGAACUGUAUUUGGAGGAGAUCUGUCCGAAUGUCAUGGUCUGGCUGUUGACCGAAGGACCGGUACUGUUUACUACACCAGUUUCACCGAUUCCCAUUCGGCUAUCUUCGCUGCUAAUGAUGCUGCUCAUCGAUCGAUUAUCGAUCCAACGGUCAACAAGGAGCUGCGGAAGCCUAAAUACCUGGUUUUCCUGGGAGAAACAGCGACAUUGUUGUGGCAGGAUGUUGGCUACACUCCUCCAGCAUUUUUCACGAGCUAUGGUGAUGGCACGAAUAUCCAGCGAAUCAAUACUGAGUCGUUCGAUGAACUCCUGGAAGACGUCAGUGGGAUAGCUUACGAUCGACAAGGCUCCCGAAUAUUACUACUGUCGUCGAAGAACUCGCUGGUCAUGGCGAUGGAUACAAAAACUUGGGCGAUCUCACCGUACACCUAUGCCAACGGUAGCCGCAUCGAUGCGAUUACGGUCGAUCACUGGACUGGUGACGUCUUUUUAGUGGUCGAUAGCGUUCUGGUGAAGAAAAAGUUCGGUUCAAAUUCUGCUGACAUAUGGACGAACUCCACGAAUAUCACCAGUCUAUCGUCGCGAGAUCCCUUUGUAACGGCGACCAUCAUGGACCGAACGACCUCUCCUAAGUGCGGUCUAACGUUCUGCCAACAUUUAUGCGUUAGAUCGACGAAAAGCAGUUACAAAUGUCUUUGUGCUCAGGGAUACACGCUGAAAGGAGAACGUUGUGAAGUGAGCUCGGAAGUACUACUGUUAGGUGGUGACAAGCUGUUCUCCACAGUAAAUGGAUCCGCUCCUGCGUUCAUUCUGCACCCCAACAUUGCCUACAAGCAAUGGAGAAAAAUCGCUAUCGAUAAUAAAAAUGACCUGGUGUACAUGAUCUCGGAUUUCGAGCUAUGGGUGACACACCUGAAUGGCUCAUAUGCUGACCGCCUCCUGACUAGUGAAGACACGCUCACUGCAAUCACUGUGGACACAGUCACGGGUAAUUUGAUUGUUGCCGCAGAAAUUUCUAGACGAGCUGGAGAGAUCUUCAUAAUGGACCCACGCCGAGUCAAAGAAAAUCUUAGAGUUCGACUGUUGAUUGAUAGUGAUGGGCCAGUCAGACACAUCGAGGUGGACCCCGCAAAAGGAUUGAUCUUCUGGUCACGUGGAUGCAUUAAGAAAGCGAAUUACGAUGGUACGAAUGCCACCUGUGUCGUAAACGCUUCAACGACGCAAUUCGCCCUUGACAUAACGACUUCACGGCUGUGUUUUCUCGAGAAGUCCGGCGAAAUUCGUUGUGUCAAUUACGAUGGGGACAUGAACCAGGUCUGA